AUGCGUCUAUUAGCUGUAUUGCUCCUAUUAUUGGUUAUGAUAUCUCAUAGCCAUGGAAAACGACCACGUGAUCAAUUAAAUAUGUUUUAUGUUGAACCAACUGUUGGACAACCUUGGCCUAAACCACAAUCAAUGCGCACUACUUUACAACAAUUUGCUGUACAUCCAGCUGCAUUUCAUUUUUUAGUUAAUUCAACAAGUCAAACAUGCGAUUUACUUACAAGUGCAUUUGAUCGUUAUUAUAAAUUAAUCUUUUAUCCAUAUUCAUAUUUAAAUUAUAUUCUUAAUCCAGAAUCAACAAAUAAUGAAAUGAUUGAAAAACCAAAAAAAAGUUUACAUGAUCUUCGUGAUGCAACAUUAUUAAAACGACUUAAUGUUCAUAUUCAAGAGCCAUGUGAACAAUAUCCAACUCUUGAAUCAGAUGAAUCAUAUACACUUACCAUUAAUAGUGAUAAUGGUGUGCUUGAAUCUGUUUCAAUUUGGGGUGCUAUUCGUGGUCUUGAAACAUUUAGUCAUAUUGUUUAUCCUGAUGAAAAUCUAGGAUUAGCUGUUAAUGAAACAGUAAUCAAUGAUCUUCCUCGUUUUCAACAUCGAGGUUUACUUCUUGAUACAUCACGUCAUUUUAUUUCAGUAAAAACACUAAAAAUAAAUUUGGAAGCUAUGGCAAAUAGCAAAAUGAAUGUAUUUCAUUUUCAUAUUGUUGAUGAUCAAUCAUUUCCAUAUGAGUCACGUACAUUUCCUGAUUUAAGUGGUGCUGGCGCAUAUAAUCAAGAGCAUGUUUAUUCGCAAGAUGAUAUUGCUGAUAUAAUUGAAUUUGCACGUCAACGUGGUAUUCGUGUUGUUGUUGAAUUCGAUUCACCAGGUCAUACACAAUCAUGGGGACGAGUUAUUGACGUUUUAACACAUUGUUAUAGUGGAGGAAAACCAAAUAAUGAAUUUGGACCUAUGGAUCCAACUCAAAAUUCAACAUUUGAUUUCUUAAAACAAAUAUUUAGUGAAGUUGCAAAUGUUUUUCCUGAUCAUUAUGUUCAUUUGGGUGGUGAUGAAGUUGAUUUUGAUUGUUGGCGAAGUAAUCCAUAUGUGCAAGCUUUCAUGCGUCAAAUGGAAUUCGGAGAUGAUUAUUCAUUACUCGAACAAUAUUACAUGCAAAAACUAGUCAAUAUUGUUGCUGCAACAGGAAAAGGUUAUACUGUAUGGCAAGAAAUUAUUGAUAAUAAUGUAACAGUCAAAGCUGAUACUGUUGUCGAAGAUCCAUAUCCAGAUGAAUUAGCACGUGUUACAAAAUUAGGUUAUCGUACUCUUUUAUCAUCAUGUUGGUAUUUAAAUUAUAUUUCUUAUGGUAAAGAUUGGGUUAAUUAUUACAAAUGUGAUCCACAAAAUUUUCCUGGUACUGAUGCACAAAAGAAAUUAGUUGUCGGUGGUGAAGCUUGUAUGUGGGGCGAAUUUAUUGAUGCAACAAAUGUUAUUUCAACAACAUGGCCUCGAGCUGCAACUGUCGCUGAACGUUUGUGGUCAGCUGCUGAUGUAACUGAUCCUGAUGCAGCAACACCUCGACUUGAAGAACAUCGUUGUCGAUAUUUAAGACGUGGCAUUCCAGCUGCUCCAGUAAAUGGUCCAAGUUAUUGUGAAUUUGAAUAUAAUCGUUAA